AUGAGCAGCGAAAGAGGAGAACAGGUCAUUGACACCUUCUACACCACAGUUCACACACUGCGCAGGCAAACUGGAAAUGAAUGGCGGGGGCUUCGCUACAUGCAGAAAGACGGCAGGUUCCUGGUGACGUUCCAGAAGGCCCCUGGAGACUGGAGCACAUAUUUAAUGGACAUCUUCACCACUCUUGUCGAGGUCCGCUGGAGGAUCAUGCUCCUUGUCUUCUCCCUUUCUUACAUUUUCUCUUGGCUCUGUUUUGGUCUCUGCUAUUGGCUCAUUGCCCAUGUUCAUGGAGAUCUUACAAAUCCAGAAGAGAAGCUCUGUAUGGCAAAUGUACGAGGCUUUACCGGAGCUUUUUUAUUUUCGAUGGAGACCCAAGCAACUAUUGGCUAUGGCUUCAGAGGGAUGCUGGAGAACUGUAUGGUGGCUAUUGUUGUAGUGACGAUCCAAGACAUUAUUAGCUGUUUUCUUGACACCAUUGUCAUCGGCGUUGUCGUGGCUAAGAUGGCGUCUGCUCGUAAGAGGGCUCAGACUGUUGGUUUCAGCCGCUGCGCUGUGGUCAACCUGCAAAAUGGGGUCCUGUGUCUGUCAUGGCGCCUUGGGGAUUUCAGAGGUAAUCAUUUUCUUGAGGGGGUUGCCCGUGCACAGUUGGUCCGUUACAGGAGGCAGCCACUUGGCUCUAUUGUGAUGUCAUACCAGGACUUGGACAUCCAGAACCGGGACAUUGUCCUCGCCACACCAACGACUAUAACUCACAAGCUGGAUUUGGGGAGUCCCUUAUACAGGUUGGGCCCUGAUGGUUUGCUGGAGGAGAACUUUGAACUGGUGGUCUCUUUCACCUACACUGGGGACUCCACAGGAAUGCUCCACCAGACCCGAAUGUCCUACACCCCAGCAGACAUCCGCUGGGGCCAGCGCUUCCAGAACAUGCUGAGAGUGGACAAGAAGUGCUACAAGGUGAACUACGCUCUGUUUAAUGAGACCACCUGGGUGUCAGUGCCCAUGCUCAGUGCAGAGGUCUACGACAGAAUGAAUCAUCCUGUAGAAGGUAGUCCACAGUUACCACCAGUCAUGAGAAACGGACACAGAUGUCAGGUCAAUAUCAACAUCUACGAGGAUGUGAUGCUGCAAACCCACUUGUAG